AUGCGAAAUCAUAGUACAUCUUGGUUAUCAAAAAAUAAAACAAUGAUAGACAAUUAUUGUAAUUUAAAUUUACCUAUUGAUUAUGAUUUAUAUUGGUUUAUUGCAUAUGCAUCACUUGCUUUUAUUGGAUUAUUUUAUGCACUUCUUGGUUAUCGUUGGUGGCGUUUUACAAUGUUUGUAACAUCAUUUGGUCUUGGAUCACUUCUUCUUUAUAUUAUAUUAUCAACACAACCAACAAUGAGUGAAUCACAAUUAAUUGGUGUAUCAUGUUCAAUUGCAACAUUAUUUGGUUUAAUUGGUGCACUUUUACAAUAUGUUGGAUUAUUUAUAAAUGGUUUUUGUUUUGGUUUAACACUUUCUAUAACAACAUUUAUUAUAGUCGAUAUGAAAAAUCGUGCAAAUGGUGUAACAACAUCAUUUUGGUUACCUAUUGGUCUUAUUUUAUUAUUAGGUUUAAUAUGUGCUAUUAUAACAUUACGUUUUCAAAAGACAAUGUUAAUUGUAACAUCAUCAUGUUUAGCAGGUGUAUGUCAAACACUUGUAUUAGAUUAUUUUCUUCAAUCAUCUGUUUUACUUCAUUUUGUUCAUAAACGUUUAUUAUUUGAAUCAACACAAACAUUAUGUAUUCGUCAUUGGAUAAUAGUUUUUAUUUUACCAAUAAUUAUGUUAUUUGGAAUUGUUAUACAAUUUUCAUGUACAGGAAAAAAUUAUGAUCAUAGAGAUUCAUGGCAAAGAGCUAUUAGUGCAGGCAAAAAACGAUAUAAAGCAACAAAUUUUAAAAAAAUUCGACAUCAUUAUCAUCAAGAUACACUUCGUGAACAUAUUAUUCCUGAUGAAAGUAAUCGUUUUCGUUAUUUUUAUCAUAUACGACGUGCAAAUGGAGAUGCAUUAUCAUCGGUAAGUUAA